GUAUCUUUUUAUGUAAAAUAAAACCUUUGCAGAUACAUUUAUAAAAAACAACACAACUCAACAAAUUAUGCAAAUACAUUAAAAUUAAAUACAAAAUAAAGUAAGAAACAAACAAAAAAUAAAAUCCCAUUUCAACUGCCAAUUAAUUCAUUAGUUUGAAAAAAAGUAGAAAAUAAAAGUUCCACUGAUUGCUAGCUACUACUAUUAUUCAGCAUCUAAAAGAUACAAAUUAUAACAGAAAAUCUGUAAACGGUCGUGUCGCUGCAGUAGUUGAGUUUAGCCUGGAAAUAUAAAUUCCAUCUAUUUUCUGUGUGUGUUUUGUUUUGUUUUUUUUUUGUAAGCCAUUUACAAAUUGUACUUUAAUGUAAAUGAGUUUUAACUGUGCUUUUGAUAACGACCAUAGUACAAGUGAUAAUAAUCAUUCUGACGAUGAUGAUGAAUAAAUACAGUUUAUGCUAAAUGUUUAUAAUACACUAACGCCACCACAUCUAACUCCUGUUCAACACAUUUACUAUAGUGUGAAUAUAUUGUUUGUUUUCGAAUACAAAAAUAAAAUAUUCAAAAUAUUUGUUGUUUUCCAUCAUUGUCAUCAUUGUUGUUAAAACGUGUAGAGCUACAAAUAAGACUACAACAGUUACAUUAAUGUUCAUGAAAUUAAUGCAAAUUGUCUAGUUUAAAUCUAAAAUACUUAAAUGUUGCCAGUAACAAAUUAAAAAAACGUAGCGUAAUUUUAUUCUUUCGGUUUUUCUCUUGUUCAUCUGUACAAUAAAAAAGUGAGGAUUUGUCAAUUUAGACCAUCACUCCAGUCGUAUGAAGUUUAAUGUACGUAUGUUUGAAUUUUAAGUGACAGUUGUUUUAGUGUCCGUCCUGAAUUCCACCCUUGGGGUUUCUAAAAUGGCAACAGCAAAUAAUUAAAAAAGAAUUUUUUUUUUACAAAAUUCAACAAUAACAAGUAACAACAACAAAAACAACGAUCAGAACGUAAAAAAUAUAUAUUGACAAAUACAGGAUGCAGUUUUGAAUUGUUUUAGUAAAUUGGAUGAACAUUGGAUGAUGGAAUAAAAACAAAGAGAAACUAAAACAAAAAAUCCAAAUAUUUAUUUAUAAACACAAAAACAACGCAACGGAUAUCCAAACUAAAAUUCAACAAAAAUUUAAAAAUUCACAUAGAUACAAAUACAUUUACAUAUGUAUGUGUGUAAUAAAGUGUCUGUACAUAUGUAUGUAUGUAUAGUAAACAAAUAAGUACAAUAAAUAAAAAUUUUGCGCUAAAAUAACCAAAGGCAAACAAUAGUAAGAGCGAUUUCGAGUGAAAAGAGUAGAAGAAAAAGCGGAAAUACUUCAACAGACUGAAAAUAUUUUUAACUUACAACUACACUAGCACACAAGGGAAUGUAUGUAUGCUAGAAUGUGUGGUUACGGACAGGCAACCAGUUAGCCAGCUAGUUAGCCAACCAAGCAGAAAUAGCAGAACACAUCUACUAAAAAGAGCCAAAUAAAACGAAACGAAAAUAUAAUGAAAUACACGAAUAACGUUAUGAAUAGAUAAAUGUGAAAUACAAAUACACACAAGUAAAUGGGUAAAAUAAUAUGUGUGUGUUAAAUAUAGACGGAAAUACAUAUCAACAAAUAUACAUAUACUAAUACAAAUAUAACAGGCUGUGUUUACAAAAAUAAUAUAGUAAAAGUUGUAUCUGAAAAAAAUAGACAUCAAAUGAUACAAACAAAAACACACAAUAUAAUAGUUACAAUAAAGUAGCUCCUUAUAUUCACACAUACUCUUCAACUAAACCAUCAGUACUUUUGCUAAAAAAGGAUUCUAUUUGAAAUUCCAUGAAAGAAACUACAAAAAGUAAAAUAAAUAAUAAACCAAGCAAACCUAGCAAAACUAUACAUAUAAAAUUUUAAAAUACAUUAGAGAAUUGUUAGUAGUAAAGCCAGAACGAACAACUUCCACAUCGCACUCAUGUACUAAAGAAAAAAAAAAAAACAGAGUAAAAAAGGAAAUCUCUAAACAGCAAAACAGUAACUAAAAAAGCAGCUACAACGAUGACAACUAACCAUACGAAAUAUUUUAUAUAAAUAAACUAAUAUUUCAUAAAUACCAAAGUAUUUGCUUAUUGUUUGCUACAGGCUGACAUGGUUGGAGAAACCAAAAAGUCAGUUUUAUAUAUCAAACAACAAAAGUAUUUUGUUGAGUGUAUUUGAAUAUAUAUAAAUGUGUAUACGGGAAUAUAUAAACGAGAACAAUAAUAACAAUAAUAAAGAAAAGAACAAAUACAACAAUAGCAGCAAAUAAUAAUAAUCAAAUUAAAAAUGAUUCCUGCGGUUAUCAUUUCCUCCUCCGGUUAUACAACAAUAAGAACAACAGCUACAGCAACAACGACUACAAGUACGAGAACAGCCACAACAAAUACAACAACAGACUUAACAUGUACAACAGAAUGUACAAAAUCUUCCACACAUUGUCAACAUCAUCAUCCUCACCACCAGCAUCAUCAGCAACAUCAUCUACAUCGCAAACAUCAGCAUCAUCAUCACCACCACCAACACCAGCUACAUCAAACCAAUUCCCUACAUAACCAACAUGAACAACAACGACAUCAUGAAUAUUGUUAUCAAUACCGUCAACAAGAACACAAUUAUUGCAAACAGCAACAUCAUCGUCAGCACCAGCAGCAGCAGCUACAAAUAAGCAACUAUCAACAUCAACGACCCAGCGGGAUAUGGCAUAAGCCUUCUCACAAUAUUGUUACCUAUUAUCUAUGGUGGCUAUUUGGCAUUUGUUUAAUCUUCUUUACAAAUGGUGGUCGUAAUUUAAAUAUCGGAAAUCUCAUUAUUAAAUCAUCCUCGUCGUCAUCAACAUCAUCUGUCUCAUCAAUAUUGGCUUAUGCCUCAUAUUUAGAGCCGGAUGAACUGAUACACGAAUUGGAUCGUCCUGUACCACUUACCUCAGUUCAGGGUGUAUUGGGACGCCAGGCAAUGCUGCCGUGUGAUAUAACACCAAUGGAACGUGACGAUGCUGUUUAUAUGGUUUUGUGGUUUCGUGAGGGUGAUGGUGAACCCAUUUAUAAUUUCGACGUACGAGGGAGACAAUUUGGUCAGGCGAGAUUAUGGUCAUCACCAUUAGCAUUCGGGCAACGAGCCUACUUCAGUGUUACCUCACAUCCAGCACAAUUGAAAAUAGACAAUGUGCGUUUGGAAGAUGAAGGUGUCUACAGAUGUAGGGUUGAUUUUCGUAAUUCACCCACAAGAAAUCUGAAAAUCAAUUUAACAGUAAUUGUACCACCCGAAAGACCUAUAAUUUAUAAGCCAAAUCGUCAUGAAAAAACCAGCAAUGUGGAAUCAUUUAAUGAGGGUACCGACAUCGUUUUAAUAUGUGAGGUUUCAGGCGGACGUCCACAUCCCAAUGUUACAUGGUAUUUGGAUAAUACGGUGAUUGAUGAAUCAUUUGAACAUCGGCCGGACGGUAAGACUGUUAACCACUUGUCAUAUCCAAAUAUUGGGCGACAACAUUUGAAUGCCAGAUUAGUUUGUAUGGCCAGCAAUACGAAUUUAACACCACCAAACAGUAAAGUGGUCAUACUGGAUGUCAAUUUAAAACCAAUUGCAGUUCAUAUAAUGACCAAGGAUAGAUUUGUAUCAGCUGAUCGCACUUAUGAUAUUGAAUGCAAAUCAUCUGGUUCAAAACCACAAGCCGUUAUAUCCUGGUGGAAGGGUAAUAAACAACUGAAAAAACUAACAAAAAAUUUUAAUGAACCCGACAAUCAAUCUUUGAGUAUAUUAACAUUCACGCCUACUCGUGAAGAUGAUGGUAAAUAUUUGACAUGUCGAGCGGAAAAUCAAUUUAUUGAGGGCAGUGCUAUCGAGGAUAAGUGGCGUCUGGUGGUACACUAUCAACCUACAGCCCAUUUAAAAAUGGGUUCAUCCCUUAAUCCAGAUGAUAUUAAAGAGGGUGAUGAUGUCUAUUUUGAGUGUGUUAUACAAUCAAAUCCCAAGCCCUACAAAAUGUCAUGGUUUCAUAAUGGCAAAGAAUUACAUCACAAUAUUUCAGCUGGUAUCAUACUCUCGGAUCAAUCACUUGUCCUACAAAGUGUUUCACGUGCAUCUGCCGGUGAUUACACUUGUCUGGCUGUAAAUUCUGAAGGCAAAGGCACUAGUAAUCCGGUGACAUUACGUAUACGUUAUGCACCCAUUUGUUCAACAGAUCACGAUGAACUGCUGGGAGCCUUGAAGCAUGAAACUUUAGCGUUAAAAUGUGAAGUAGACGCAUCACCGCCUGCGGAUUCAUUUCAUUGGACAUUUAACUCAUCUGGCGAACAAACUGAAUUACCAGCACGUUUGCAUUCAAGUGAAACUGGCAUGUCACGUUUAAACUAUACACCCACCACAGAUUUGGAUUAUGGCACCAUCUCUUGUUGGGCCCGCAAUUCCAUUGGUAUGCAGAAAUCACCCUGUGUCUUUCAAAUUGUUGCAGCAGGUCGUCCAUUUCCACUGCAAAAUUGUUCAAUAACAAACCAAUCAGCAGACUCCUUACAAGUUGAUUGCAUUGAAGGUUUCGAUGGUGGUUUACCACAAAGCUUCAUGUUGGAAUUAGUUGAAUUAAACAAUUUGCGUUUGGCACGGAAUAUAACUUUACAGCAUACCAAUAGUCCUGUUACAUUUUUUAUUGAUAAUUUGGAUCCAAGUGCCACAUAUCGUAUGAUUAUAUUUGCAAUUAAUGCUAAAGGACGUUCAGAGCCAAUUAUUAUCGAUGACAUUAAUUUUAAAGGUGUUGCUAAAUUUACAGGUGCUUCCAAUGGUCUAACCGUUCCUCUAUCACCAUUUUUAGCUGGUUUAACAUUAUUUUGUGCUUUAUUAUUUGCCAUAUCUUGUAUUAUAUUGGCAGCUAUUUAUAGACGAUUUUCAAAUCGAACAAAUGACAACAAUUUAAAGCCUACCAAACACACACAACUGUCUAUACCCGCCGAUUGUCAAUUGGAUCCAUUACAGCCGAAUCAUCAUCAUAAUCAUUAUGAACAAAAUAAUCAUCAGGCCCAUCAUAGUCUAUUACAAUCAAAUGGCGAUGGUAAAUUACAAAUGAGUGGUGGUGGCGGCGGUGGUGCAUCGCCAACGGGUGGCAGUGUUAGUAUUGGUGUAAUGGAUACAUCAACAUUAAGGUCGACAACACAAAGUCAUCACCGUCAGUCGCCACAAAUAAUGGGUGAUCCGCCCGAAGGCGAUGAUACCGAUCCAGAUGUUAUACCAAAUCAAUAUGAAAAACGUCCAUUAAAGUCAAUGUUGGCUUCACCGAUAUUCCGUAGUCCAUCAGCGCGUCUACUGCAACGUGACUAUUGCACAACGGAUGCUGUUACAGACGGCAGCGUAACAAUGGGCAGUGGGAGUGUUAUUGGCAUAACAAAUGGUUCAGCUUUAAGUUGUACGGAUGGUGUAUCUAGUUUAGGUUCAUUAAAAAGUAAUAAUGGUAGCCUUGGUGUUGGCAAUGAGGUGCUGCAUUACACAUUUAGGCCAAGUAAACAAAUUGAACCUUAUUAUCAUACACCUAGAAAAAUGUUACAGGAAUCACAUUUAUAAUUAGCUUACUUUAUUAUACGAACAUAUCAAAACAUAUAUUUUUUAUAGAUGGAAAACAUAUGUAUGAAAAUGUUUUUAAUUUUUUAUAAAUACUUAGAAAUUAUUUUUAUUAAAAUGUUUAAGUUUUCAAUUAAUUAUAUGUAGGUGUAAAACAAAUCAAUAAUAUUAAAAGGCCAUAUCAUUCUUAAGGUGUAAUUUAUGUUAUUAAAGUUUGAAUUAAUAUUACCUUGAAUUGUGUGACUACAGUAAUGCUUACCACCGUCCAAAAAAAUAUAUAAAUAUAUAAAGCGAAUAAUCUUUAAAAAAUCGUUUGAAAUGCCUGAAAGACUCAAUGGUGAAAACUUGUAUUUAAAUAUUUAUGUAUUUUCACAUUUAGUUACAACAGAAAUUUUAGUACUUUGUUAUGUAUGUAUAUUAAAGAGUAUAAUGAUCUAUAAAAUAAAAUAUACUUGUUUCAUUCAGGUAAAAUAAGUUUCAUUAUUGCUUUCAUUCGAGUGAAAGUAUCACUCACUCGUUCGCUUGAACUUUCAAAAUAUUCAGUUAAUUUCUGCCAUUGGCCUAAAUGAAAACACUUUUGAAAUAAUUUUCACUAAUCCCAGUGCUUAUUCAAAAAAUGAAAUCCCAGUGCUUAUUUAGGAAAUGAAUCACUUACUAAGUCGAUUUAGCUAUGUCAGUCCGUCCGUCCGUCUGUCUGUCUGUCUGUCUGUCUGUCUGUCCAUCUGUCCGUCUGUGUGCAAUUUACAAGAUAAUUUGAUGAAAUUUGGCACAUACUCUUCUUUUAAGAACAAACGCUAGUGAUAAUGGUUGAAAUCGGUCUAUUAUUUCGUCUAGCCCCGAUUUUGGCUUUUGGGCUCAAACAAAAUCGGCACAACUUAGUCGACCAUGGCCGACUAUACAUUCACACUUGUUUUUAAAUAGGAAACAGACAUCUGAAGUUUUAGUAAUAUCGAAUAAUGUUAACCCAUAAACUGUGAGGGUCAAAUUCAAGCUUUAUAAUAUUGGAAAAAUUUCUUGAAACCAUAGUGAAAUAUUAUUUUGAUUUCAACCGAUUAAAAUGGAACUUAGAAAAAAUAUAUAAGACCCGUAUUUAUGACGACAUCGAAAAAUAUCUAAAUUAACCCUUAAACGUAAAUAUAUUUUUAACAUUAUAUAAAAUGUCCGUAUUAUAUUAUUAUUCAAUGCAAAUUUGGCGAGAGAAUGGUGGGUUAUAGAGAAAAACAGAUUAAUAUUAAUCGAUUUGGUUUCAAAAGUUUUCACAAACCUUCAUUUCGUUGGCCAGUGUAAUGCUACCUUGAGUUGAAAAAUUAAUAGCAAAUCCAAAAUAUUGCUGUAUAUGUAUUUAAAUAGUAAUGAUCUAAAUUGGAACAUUAUUACGAAAACAACAACAAUAAAUUUUAAACAAUUUUUAAAACAUAGGAAUUUUUCAAAAAAUAUUUUUUUUCUAAUAUAAAUUUGAAUUUUUGAAAACUGCUAACAAACUUUUUAAAUUUUUUAAUUCUAUCUUUGCGAUUGACCAUCUAUCUAAAAUUUUCAAACAUAAUUUCGAAAUCUCUUGCCUAUGAGAUAAAAUUAAGAAUACAUUAUUCUAUCCUUCUUAGUCAACGGAAACUGAUUAAUUGACAAGCUUUAUUGAACAAUACUUAGUUAUAGAAAAACUUUAAGUAAUGAUUUUGAAAAGCAAAGAAAUUAUGAUUCUUUAAAAUUUUAACAAACAUUAUCCGACCACUAAUGACAAAAGAGCAAGAAUUUUCCUUAUAUCAAAAUGAUGGAAAAGAAAUAAACCUUGUGUGAGUUAAGUACACCGAACUUAAACAUAAGUAUUUUCUAACUUAAACUCAAAAAUUCGAAAUAUAUGUAUGUAGGUCCACUCCUUAAUAUUUAAAAAUUUACUUAGCAUUCGCAACAAAGAAAAUUAUUAUCAAAAGCGAAUUGAGAAUUAAUUUUACAAUGACAAAAUUACUUUUUGCCUCAACAAUAUUUUGACAAAAUAAAAAUAAAUUAUCAAAAAAUUAAAAAAAUAAACAAAAUUAAAAUUUUUAACAGUAUUAUACUCCUUAUAUUAUUUAAAAAGUAAUAAAUCUCUAAAAGCCUUUUACGUAGGAAAAUAUUUACUUUAUAUAAUUUAUUUAACUUUAACAUUAAUAUACUUUCCGGAAUAGUUUUUGUAUAUUUUCAUUGUAAAUAAAAUAAAAACUUAAAAUAUGUAAUAAUAUGUAUAAUACUAAUAAAAACAUUUUUUUAUAAAUUAAAAAAAUACAUAUAUAAUUAAUGUAAGUAGAUUUAGACUAAUAAAUUAAUUAAAAAUUAAUAAAUUAAAAUUUAUAAUAAUUCAAACUGUGAGCAACAAUAGAGUAUUUACCAGCUACAAAUAGCUAAAAAAUAAUAAUAAUUAGUUAAUAAAAAUUUAUGUAAAAGAAUAAUUAAUUAAAGUAUCAGAAAAAAAAAUAAAAAAAAAACUUUGUAAAUGUUUGUAGAUAAAGUAAUAUAAAGGUAUAUACUACAUAGUAAAUAAUAAUAAAACUGGUGUUUGUAUAUUAAAAAAAACAAAAAA